AUGAAAAAAAAGUACCCAUAUAUAUUUAAAAUGAUUUCUUUGAAAUAUUUUUCAUACUUUAAAAAAGGCCCCAAAGUAUCAUGUGGUAAUAAAGAAAGAAUGACAAAAAAUCAUAAACAUCAUUAUUCAACUAUAAAAGAAAAAGAUGAUUUUCCUCAUUAUCAUAAUCUUGAUUUUAUGAAAUAUAUUUUUUCAAAUAAUAAUAAGGAUAAGGCACAAGAUAUAAAAAUAUCCACUUCUGUUGAUAAUACUAACCCAAAUGUUUGUACAGAUAUUUACAAUUAUAAAUUAAUUACUAUUAUUUUAAAUAAUACAUUAUGUUCACAUUCCUAUGAAAUUAUAAAGAAUUCAAAUAUUUUAAUAUGUGCAGAUGGUGGAGCUAAUCGCUUAUAUGAUUUAUGUUGCACUAUGAAUGAACAACAUGUAAGUAACUACUGUAUAAACAAUAAUAGAUCCUUUGUACAAGGUAUGGAACUAAAUAAGAAUGAUUAUAAAAAAGAAGAAAUGAAGAAAAGGGGAAAACAAGAUAUAUCAAACCCCAUUAUACAACAUACCAAUGACAAAAAUGUUACGAGUAAACAAUUAUAUGAUUUAUUUAAUAAUAACCAUAAAUUAACAAUAAAUGUAGAUACAAAAAAAAGAAAAGAGAAUAGAGAUUAUUCUGUAGAAAUAUUACCAGAUUUUAUUUGUGGAGAUUUUGAUAGUAUAUACCCACAUGUAUAUAAACAUUAUAAAAAUAAAGGAGUUUUAUUUGAAAAAUGUCAAAAUCAAGAAAAUACAGACUUAGAUAAAUGUAUUGAAAAAAUAAAACCAUAUAUUUAUGAAAACGAUAAAAUUCUUGUACUAGGAGCUACAGGAAAUAGAUUUGAUCAAACAUGUGCAAAUAUAUCUUCUCUGUAUAAAAACGUACAAACAAUCAAUAAUAUUUAUUUAAUAGGUGAAAAUAAUUUCAUAUUUCUAUUAAAAAAAGGAAAUCAUGUUAUACAGAUAAAUUUAAAUGCUUUCCAAAAAGGAUGUGCUCUCUUACCAAUUGGAGGAAAAUGUAAAGUAAAAACAGAGGGACUUAAAUAUAACUUAAAUUAUGAAUAUUUAAGCUUCGAUUCGUUAAUCAGUUCAUCUAAUGAAAUUAUUCAGAAUGAAAUUAAAAUAUCUAACGACACCCCUCUUAUUUGGAAUUCGCAAUUAAAAAAUGAGGAAUUUUAG